UUUCCAUGGAAACAGCCCAGCAACCUCCUCUCUUGUACUCUGACUUUAACAUACUGUAUAUGUGUGGAUUUGGUAUGAUUGCAAACACCAUGUCUUCAAGCCAUAUCUGUCUUAAAGGGAUAGGUUGUGUAGGAAGAAUAUUUUCAUUUUUUUAGUAUGUACACUUCUACAGACAUUUAGAUCCCGAAGUCGGCUGCCCUGGAUUUAAUUUGCCCUUGCUCUAAACUUUGAAAUGUCCAGUGUGUACGAUUUAGGGGGAUGUAUUGGCAGAAAUGGAAUAUAAUAUAAUAAGUAUGUUUUCUUUAACGUAUAAUAACCUGAAAAUAAGAAACAUGUUUUGUUACCUUAGUCUGAACCAUUUAUAUCUACAUCGGGAGUAGGUACUCGUCCAUGGAGUCCUCCAUGUUGCACCACCAUGUUUCUACAGUGGCCCAGAAUGGACAAACCAAACACUGGCUACAGAUGUAUUCCAGGGCUACGCAUUUUGUCCUUAGCCCCUGUAGCUAGCAGCCAAUCUGUGACAAGAGCGUUGGAAAAACACUGAAUUUUUUAAUGUGAAACUGCUUUAUUACGUCUUUUUAACGGUUUAAAUCACCUGGUCUGUUUGUUUUGGAGAUAUGGAGAUAUCUGUGAUAAUUCGGCUCAUGGUAGCAACCUCCUGAACGUGCUGGGCUAGCAGCACUUCUGCGAUGUGCUGAACAUCAUAGGAGAAACAUUGAUUUGUAUGGUGAAAUUGCGCUAUUCCGUGUUUAUACCUGUUUAAAUCACAUGGGGUCUCAUUAUAAAACAUUGCAUAGGAUCCAUACUAAAAAUGUACAUACGGACAAAAACCAACAAUUUAUAAAAUCUGGCCUCCACCUUACCAUCUGCGUCACCAACUUCCCGUUUCAGAAUUGUUCGUUAAGUGUCUCCCAUCCAGUCUGUUUUUAUAGAUCACAACUUUUGCGUGGGAAGUUGAGUACGCCUCUUUCAGGCCUUGUUUUGUGCGUACACAGGGUUUAAUAAUGAGACCCCUGGUCCGUUUAUUUAAGAGAUGAAGAAACCGCUGCGAAAUAAUUUCACUCAUGGUAAAAACCUCCUGAACAAUGGACGCUGAAGGAAUUCUAACCAGAAGUUUCAGCUGGUUGCAAUCUGCAAUCCUCACCACUAGAUGCCACUAAAUCCCUCUAAAUCUGACACACUGCUCCUUUAACAUUUCUCGGCAGAAAUGAUCCACCUUCAUGAAAGUGUUGGAGAGCAGCCAGUUCUGACGGUUGACCAUUCACGAGCUGCUAUGGAUUUAUGAGCACUGCAGUACUACUAAAUAAAACGCCACUUUAGACGUGCUGGAAUGAAAGUGUAGAAGCAAUGCCUGAGCAGCAAACCCAUUUCACUUCUGUAACAUUUUAUUAUUACGUUCUGGAGGUUGAUCUCUGAGUCUGAUGGUAGAGGUUAUAACUCAGGGAGUGAUGGAAACAGAGCCACCCCGUUAAAACAGAAUGACAGUUCUUAGUAACUGUUGCAGUAUUUUUGCCCUCUAGUUUAAAGUUUUACAUACUUCCCUAUAUACUGUUCAUUAAUACAGAGUCUGUACCUGUCCACCUGUGAGUCUGUGUUCUUACACAUGUUGUCAGCUUAAUAAUCUUGCAGGCAAACCAUAGCUUUAGCUGUUUGUUUGUUUUUCUCAUGAAUUAUCGUGCACUGACGGUCUUUCAGAAGACAUGUUUAAUGUGCUUGUCAGAGGCACACUGUCUUCAUGCAUACAUUUAUUAAGGGAUUACACUAAGCAGAGCGAUCAUUCCAUACAUUCUGAAUUUGAAGGUAUAUUCCUUUCUCCCUCCGUGUAAGUUUCACUCCCAUAUCAUGCAUGAAGGUAUAAGACUGUGCUGCUGACUAGAAAAAUCGUGUUUGGUGAGAACUUGAAUGAGUUGCUGACUUUUAUGGAUCCAUUUUGUCUUACCUCAUGUAGAGUUUUGUUUGGCCCAUGUUUACAAUUGCACAUCUUAGAUUUUUACAACUACAGCCAUGUGAUGAUUCGUAUGUUAGUGACCCACUGCUGGGAGUCAUGACGCAGCCAUACGGCCUGUGUGUUGAUGUAAGGUAGAAAUGCCCAAGUCUGUCAAAUUAUUGUCAUAGUGAUAUUUAGAGAAAUACUUCACCCUCAAAAUGACCAUUUCUCUGCAAUUAGUCAUGCUGUGUUACUUUAAAUUCAUGGAGAAAACUUCAUGCAUGCCUCCACGGAAAACGGCAAACAUAUUGACUUAUUAAUUGAUGGGAGACUGUGUUUAACAACAGCAAAACUGUAUCAUCUGUCAACUACAACUCUCACAACACUUGUGCAGCAUAAUCCAAGAUUUAUUCAUCAAGUUGUAUGCUCAGUACUUCCCAAACGCAUGCAUAUUUGCUAAAAAUGUUGCAAUAUAAAACUGAACUGAAAGUGAAACUCUACACUUACUUCAAAUCCAAACUCUAAUGCUAAGGUUAUUUCACAGAAAUGCAUGUGUUCAUGAAGUACUGAGCAUACAACUGGAUAAAUAAAACUUGGAUUGUACUGCAUGAGUUGUGUGAAAUUUUGUAAACCAAUGUUUUGAUAUAGUUUUGUCGUUGUUUAAGUGGUCCCCAAUCAAUCAAUAAAUCAGUGUGUUCACCGUUUUUGUGGAGGCAUGCGAGAAAAACAAAGUUUUCUUCAUGAAUUCAAGGUGACACAGCAUGACCUAUUGAUAUACAGUAGAGUAUUUCAUUCUAAAAAAUGGAAGUAGAAGCCAUGCUGAUGCCAAAUAGUUUAAGAUAGCUGUUGUAUUUGCUUGUCUAAAAAGUGUCAGCACUUUGGUACACUUCCCCUGUUAUGAAAAGAAAAUCAAAACCUAAAAUCCAGUAAUACUGUUAUAAAUUGCACAUUAAUUUUGGGCUUUUUUGAUACCCUUUUUUACAGUACGUUGCAUUUAUCACAUCACAUUUCUCUUACCUGAAUAAUUUUGAUUGUUGUCUCACAGGGAGAGCAAUGAAAAGAGCAACAUCAGUAUAUGUUCUUUAAUUUUCUGUUAGACUGUGUAUCUUUAUCUCACCCUCUGUCAUUAGAACCUGAACCAGUGAGUCAAACAUAAGUGGUUGCAUUGCUGCCCAAAUCUACAAUACAUGGAGCUGUGUAGCUCUUAUGACCUGCCCUCGUUCAUACUGGUGUCUCGGGCCACAGUUUAUAGUCAUCUCAUGAGGACUGUUAAGGAUUCUUCUCUUGAAAAGGGUUGUUGUGAAUCAAAUACUGUCUUUUCUCUCUAAUGCUUGAAUUACGAGGAGCCAGUGGACGGAGCAGCUGAAUCACAAGGACCCUCCUGCCCGUGUCCGAAGUGCCUUUGGACAUGUCUGCUCGGACACUCAGUAAAACCUGUGUUGCUCAUGGAGACCGCCUCUCCCACCUGGCACCCUCCGCAGACUGAAAGGAGGGCUAAGAUGUAUCAUUGGAUUAACUUGACGCAUAUUGUGCACAUCAUGAAUGAAGCUUGUUGACAGAUAAAACAGGAGUUGUACAUGCUGGCUUCGUCGUUCCUUCAAAACUUACUACCUAACCAAACAAGCAGAGCUAUGGAGUGGUGCCAUAGACACAGGCAGAGCUUUCUGAAAGGCAACUAGUCCAUUUUAUGAUGUUUUUGUUCCCAUUCUUGUUCAGUCAUCAGUGUAGUAGCUGUAAUUUCCACAGUAAGCUAAAACAUGCUCCCACUUUGGCUCAUUUGAAGGCGAAUGGUCCUUGCCUCGGUUUCCAUUUGAAAUAAAACAGUAGAUUUUUGUAAAAUAGGAACAUUAAGUUUUGAUUUGAUGCCCUGCUUUGUGUCCAGUUGCAUGUUGCUUUUUUAAAAUAGUUUUUCUGUAGUUUUUUUUAAAGUUGUUGCUUCAGAGUUUGAGAAGUUAAGACAGAUUGGUGACUCAGCCAAGUGUUGCUGCACAGGAGGAAUGACAUUAACCUUCGGGGUUAUAUUGGGCUGUUGGGAGCUUGUUACUGCCUCCAUUGUACCACUUCCUGCCACUUUAUAUUUUCAUUCUUGUUUGAUUUUUGGUUCCCAGUGGAAGCACUUAUCGUUUUUGUCUAUUGCUGCUACUGUCAAUAUGUCUGGGCUGUCUUCCCAGGUUGUUAAUAAAUAGUUUAUUAAACCCUCAACAGGAACUUUGGGGCGUGUUUUCAGAUGUCUAUAUUUGGAUUGAAGAGAAAGACAGUAAGCGAACGCUGAAUUCAAAAUGUUUCACCAGUUUUCUGUCUUCAGUGUGGCAGGUUGAGACGCAGCAGCCUGCUGUAUGAGUAAUUACAUUUGCCCUCUGCUGAACCCACUUUUACAACCUUCCUCUUUGUCCCCCCCCUCUGAGGAGAUUAGCUUUGUGUAAUUUGUCGAGUGUGAUAAGGCACUGGUUGGUGCAAUUUAGAAAGCAUGGCAUAAGCUGGGAUUUGUUGUGUAUAUAAAGUCAGUGGUGAAUCCGGAGCUGUUGCUCCUUUACAGAAUGGGCCAAGCUGCUACCCUGCCAUGUAGGAGAGGGGAGUCUUAUGUUACUGAGCUGUACGAGUGGUUCAGAAAGUUUAUCAAUGAAUGUCCCAGUGGGCUGAUCACUCUUCACGAGUUUCAGAGGCAUUUCUGUGAUGGGACAGUGGGCAGCGAGUCAGCUGAGUAUGCAGAGCAGAUAUUUCGCACAUUGGACAGUAAUGGGGAUGGAGUGGUUGAUUUCAGGGAGUAUGUCAUGGCCAUCAGCAUGCUCAUUGAAGGUUCAGCUGUGGAGAAGCUGCGGUGGUCGUUUAAGCUCUAUGACAAAGACAGAGACGGAGCCAUCACAAGGGAGGAAAUGCUGGAGAUUAUGCAGGCUGUGUAUAAGAUGAGCGUCGCAGCUGCUUUAACCCAACCCAACCCACUCACAGCUGAAGAAUGCACCAACAGGAUAUUCAUGCGAUUAGAUAAAGACAAUAACGCCAUCAUCAGUCUGGAGGAGUUCAUAGAGGGAGCGCUGGAUGAUGAUUGGAUCAGGGAGAUGCUGGAAUGUGACCCGAGCACUGUGAAGGUGGAGAGGCCCCUGAGGAGGGACACCGCUUUGGGGACCCAUGGUUGACCCAAAGUGGGGUAUUCUAUUCACUGGGAGAAGAGGAAUUAACCAGUUGACGUUUGGACCAACAUUUCCAGGAACAGCUUCCAUUCAUUGUGACAAAUUAUAUCACAGUCUGUUGAAUAACUCAGAGGGAGACGCUGGAGAGUGCUAGGAAAUGUAGAUAUUGUUUUUACAGUAUGAAAAACAUCCAGUGCUGCCUUCUAGAAUAUGCCUUAGAAUAAAUCAUGCCUAUAAUGAGACAAAGAAAUGAUCCUUCUCAUAUUAUAUUAUUAAAUAUUCAUUCUGCCUUUGUGGCCACAUUAACUUGCACCAGGCAACGGACCCUAAGUCAGUUUAAAGUAAACAUAUUGUAAUGUUUACUAGGGCUCUCAGUUUCCCAUGGCUGCCCAGGGCCUUGUAACAUCUGUCCUGCAUACACUUGGUAUUCAAUGCAAGUCUGUAGUUUUUUGAUUGUAUGCCUCUUAAUACUGUAACUCCACUUCAUUUUAGAUGAAAAAAUGUACUUGUAACUCCACUUAAUUCAUCAGAAAGCUAUAAUUGUUGUUGUGAAGCUCCUCAUUUCUGACAUCUCCCUCCCUUACAUCCUUCUGAGGCACGUUGACCUUGCUUACCAGCUUGUACACAUCACUGUAAAUACUGUGUUAUUUCCUCUGACACAGACUCACACCCCGCUCUGGUCUGGUAGUGUUAAUUUAAACUAUUAUUUACUAUGUGGCGCAAAUCUGCUCUCGUUGUCAGUGUUUAAUCAGGAUUUCAAUCCGCCUUCAUCAGCUACAAAAUUAAGAUAAUACAUGUCAAUGCAUCUGUUACAAUAAUGUAUUAUUAUCCUCCUGAGACCCUAACUUUUGUUUAUUAUACUUUUUUAAUUUCUGCCAGCUAUUUGGGAUCAAUAGGACCCAAAAAGUAUAAAAAAAACCCCAACAAUGUCAACAAUAAUUAAGUCCCAAUGUCCUCAAAUGAUACGAUAAUGAAGUCCGAAUUUCUUCAAAUGAGUACUUCCUAAUUAACAGUGUCUUAGCGCAUUACUGUUGCUAAAAUUGGUCAUAUUAGGACUUAUUAAUCUUAAAUAAACAAGUUUUGUAUCAGGAUUGGCUGUGGGCUGACUUGGCGGACAUGGCUGCCAUCUUGUAUUUAUAUGGAUUAAUGUAUUGUGCUCUUACUACCACUAGAUGGGACAAAAAAAGUGUGAAUGAGGACAACAGGUCUAAGGUCAAGUAAACCCAAAAUGUGAUGUCCUCAUAUGAGGACGCAGGGUCUCAGGAGGAUAUAAUAUGUAACAUAACAAUUUGCAAAGGGCCUGCAUAUUGAGUACUUUUACAUACUUACCUGCAUCAUGUUGCAUGUUAAUCCUU